CUUAACUUUUCGUAUCUCAACUUUGGCUUAAUAGGAACAACACUCAUUGAUCAUAAUUAUCACAUGACGGCCAUUGAUUAUAAAUCACUCCUUGUUCAGCGCCAAAGAAUUAAUAGAGAGAAGAAACCCUACAAGUGUGAAGAAUGUGGAAAGCAUCUCAGUUCUCGUAGAACACUUUCCAUACACCAGAAACUUCAUACAGGAGAAAAACCCUAUAAGUGUAAAGAAUGUCACAAGGCCUUUAGCACUAGCUCAUCACUUUGUACACAUGCAAAAAAUCAUACUGAUGAAAAAACCUACAGGUGUAAAGAAUGUGGUAGAUCAUUUUAUUAUCUUUCAGUGCUGAAGAAACAUGAAAGAAUUCAUUCUGGAGAGAAACCCUACAAGUGUGAAGAAUGUGGCAAACACCUCAGUUCUCGUAGGACACUUUCUAUACACCAGAGACUUCAUACUGGAGAAAAACCCUAUAAGUGUAAAGAAUGUCAUAAGGCCUUUAGCUCUAGUUCAUCACUGUUUAUACACGAGAAAAAUCAUACUGAUGAAAAGACCUACAAGUGUGAAGAAUGUGGCAGAAUGUUUUACUAUCCUUCAAUGCUGAAGCAACACCUAAGAAGUCAUUCUGGAGAAAAACUCCACAAGUGUGAAGAAUGUGGAGAAUCCUUUUGCUAUCCCUCAUUCCUUAAGCAACAUCAAAGAAUUCACCAUGCAGAAAAUCCCUACAACAAUGAAGAAUGUGGAAAAACAUUAUCCUGUUCUCCACACCUGCAGGAACAUCAAAUUCAUACGGUAACAAAACCACACAAGUGUGAAGAAUGUCACAAAGCCUUUCGUUUUUACUCUGGCCUUAGAGCACACAAGGUAGUUCAUACUGGAGAGAAACCCUACCAGUGUAAAGAAUGUCAUAAAACCUUUCGUUAUUACUCAGCCCUUAAAAUGCACAAGACAGUUCAUACUGGAGAGAAGCCCUACAAGUGUGAAGAGUGUGCCAUGGGUUUUUGUUUACCAUCGUGGCUUAGGAGACAUCAAAAGAUUCACUCUGAAGACAAUUCCUACAAGUGUGAAAAAUGUUACAGAAGGUUUUCCUGUUCUGCAAGCCUUCAGGAACAUCAAACAAUUCAUACUGGAGAGAAACCCCACGGUUGUGACAAAUGUCGCAAAACCUUUCGUUAUCACUCAUCUCUUAAGAGACAUAAGAUAGUUCAUAGUAGAGAGAAAUUCUACAAGUGUGAAGAGUGUGGCAAGUCUUUUUGCUCAUCUAAAUAUCUUAGAAGACAUGAAAAAAUUCACUCUAGAGUCAAGCCACACAAGUGUGGGAAAUGUGGCAAAGCCUUUGUUAAGGGUUGUAGCCUGAGUCGACACAUGACAGUCCAUACUGGAGAAAAAUGCUAAAAGUUUACUCUUGUUUAGCCCUUGAAAGACCUCAGAUGAUUCAUUCUGAAUACAAACUCCAUUAGUGUGUGCUAACAAUUCAAACCUUCUCCAACGCAUAUGAAUCCACAGAGUCGACCACUGUACCCUCACCACCAGUGUGUUCAAUCAGUGUGUUUGAAUCUGGCAUUGACUGAUGGGUUUCUUUUCUCUGGAACUAUAAAUGUUUCCUGAAAUGGUUAUCAUGUUGUAAGUUGGUCCUUUGAGCGCCCUGAAUCUGAGAUCUGGGCUGUGGUGUAAGGACUGUUGUUUUCUCUGUUGUGUCACUCCACCCCUGUCAUAUCAUUGCCUCUGAGUGUGUAAGAAUCUCCCUAAACUCACAUGUGUCACGAGGUUGACUUUACUAAAGUGGUCUACACGGUCUCUAACCUGGGUGAGUGGGCAUUAGUGUUUUCUCACCAGGAAAAGCUAACAACACAUUGUCAAUCCUUGAUUUAGAAUAAAGAAUCUCUUACUCUCUUUA